CAGUCGUAAGUUUUUUUUCUAUCAGAAAACAUUGAGUUUGGUGGUGCUAGUUUAUUUAUUUUUUCAAAAAAUACCCAAAAGGAAAAAAAUAUUGAAAAAAUUAUUAAUUAACUUAUAAUUUUCUUCUGAAGUUGAAGACAAAGUUGAUAGUGAUAACUGGAAACUUAACAAGAUAUAGUAAAAGUUCCCAACUAUCUAAUCACAAUAGAACGUUUUUAUCACACAAAAGAACGAACGAAAAAACGUUUUUUUCAUUCGGAGUGCAUAAGAGAAGAGAGAAGAGAAGAAAAAAAAUAUAAAUAAAAUGGAAGAUGGAUUUUUUGAGAAUUUAUUUUUGUGAAAUUUGAAAAUAGUAAAUUUUCAACGUGAAAAUGUGAAGAAGCAAAACCCGCGACUGGGGACGAUAUAAAGAAACGUAAAAGAAAAACGAAAGAAAAGAAAAAAGUGAAGCCAAACUUUGUGGUUAGGAAAUGGUUGUUUUGAAGGAUUGUGCGUGUGCCAUCCCCAAUUUAAAAUUGUAUUGAUUGCUUAUACAUUGUAGUGGGAUUGGAAUAGAUGUGCAAUAAUUUUUUUAUUGGAAGACGGAGAAAGAAGAAUAAUGGAAAAUUGUGCAAUGUUAAGGAUUCUAAUAUUUUCCUCUCGUAACAUUACUUAAAGUUAAAGUUUGUGAAAAUAUUUUCUUGAAAAAAGAAAUUUGUGAAAAGCGAAGGAAAUUAAAAAAAGUUUUCAUUUCAAAUAUGGAGUCUUCCACUCCCCCUGCAUCCUCUCCGAAUGAUGAUUCUAAUGCUCAAGAUCCCCUUGCGUUGCCAAACACUGCAGAGAAUAUUUCUAGUUUGUACAGUGCCACUGACAUGAACCGAGAUCAAAAUGGACUAAUGGGAAAUGAUAAAGAAAAUCAUCUCAAUGACAACCCCGCCAAUCAUUCAAUGUACCCUAGCGAUCCGGUAAUAAUGAAGCAUGACGAGCAUCCUUUGAGCAAUGAACAAAGACUGCAAUAUGAUGGAAAUCAUCAAAUGCAAAGCAAUUAUGAUCAGCAGAAAAUAAAUCAAAUGAACAUGCAGCAUGCGAAUCUCCAUGAACCGCACAAAACUUUUAGUCAUUCCAUUGAAAAUUUAAGCAAGACAACGGAAAAGUGUCCGCCAAAUGAUAUGAAAAUAUUUCCGAAUCUCAUAGACGGUCAUGAUCAGUACGAUGAUGGCUACGAAACAGGUGUAGGUGAUUUAUUGUCACAUAAAUAUAAGCUGCCCUCUCUUCCCCCUCCUUCAUCUUCGCCCUAUUCUCAUUCAAGUGGAAUGUUGAAUUCAAUGCAUCCGCAUCAUCAGCAUAUGUCACCAGUUGGCAUGUCUGGGAAUUAUUCAGCGUCGUCAUCACCAAUGCCACCACAAAUGCAACAAACAACGACAGGAAAUGCAUCAAUGAUGCAAUUCAAUGAUCAUAUGUCAUCACAUCAUCAACAUCAUAUGCAUGGCCAUCACAUGAGUCAAAUGAAUAAUUUGAACCAUCAACAGCAAAUGCAAUCACAGCAACAGCAACAACAUAUGAAUCCGCAUGGUAGUAUGAAUGGAAAUUUACAUUCACCAAAUGUUGGACAUUCAAUAAAUCCAAUGAUGAUGAAUGAGACACCAAAAAAGCGAGGACGAAAGAAAAAGCUUCGAGAUGAAAAUGGUAAUCCAAUUGAAGACCGUCCAGUGAAAGAGAGAAAGAAACAUGACAGAUUUAAUGGAAUGCCUGAAGAAGAAGUUACGAAACGAACACUUCCCGAUCAUCUCACCAGCAAUUUAGAUAUCAUUAUCGUUGGCAUAAAUCCCGGCCUUUUUGCUGCAUUUAAAGGACAUCAUUAUGCAGGUCCUGGGAAUCAUUUUUGGAAGUGUUUAUAUUUAUCAGGAUUAACUUCAGUUCAAAUGACUGCUGAAGAAGAUUAUAAACUCCUUCAGUACGGAAUUGGUUUCACAAACAUGGUGCAACGACCGACGAAAGGCAGUGCUGAUCUUACAAGAAAAGAAAUCAAAGAAGGCAGUCGAAUAUUACUCGAAAAAAUAAGAAAAUUUCAACCAAAAAUUGCUGUUUUCAACGGGAAAUUGAUAUUUGAAGUCUUUAGUGGAAAGAAAGAUUUUUGUUUUGGAAAACAACCGGAAACUGUUGAAGGAACAAAUACUUAUAUGUGGGUGAUGCCGUCAUCAAGCGCUAGAUGUGCGCAAUUACCAAGAGCAGCUGAUAAAGUGCCAUUUUACGCAGCAUUAAAGAAAUUUAGAGAUUAUUUGAAUGGCUUGGUGCCAGAAUAUGACGAGAGCGAUUAUGUUUUCAAUGAUCCAAAAUAUAGUCAAAUAAGUACGGAAGCUGAGUUGAAAGAAGAAGCAGUGGCCGCGGCAGCAGCGAUUGCAUUUACGUCUUUAGAAGGUAGUGAUGUUGUUCUAGCUGAUCCAAAUAAGAAGAAACGUGGACGACCGAAAAAAGUUCGUGGCGAAAAUGGUGAAGAAAUAUCCGCGGCGCCAAAGCAAAGAAAAAAUAAUCACGACGCUUCAAAUACUGACGGUAAUGAUGAUGAUUCUUCGAAAAAGAAACGCGGACGUCCAAAGAAAACUAAAGAUGGAACAACAACACCAUCAACGCCAGCACAACCCAAAAAGAGGAAUUCAAAACAAUCAGCAGCUCGUAAAGAGCAAAUGAGUGAGAAUAAUUCACCGCAACAACUGACGCCGCCGUCUUCUGUACCAUCACAAGUCAGUGGUGACAUGAGUGCCAUGCAACAUCAUCAAAUACAACAGCAUGUUGGCCUUAUGAACAGCAAUAACGUCAAUCGAUCAUUUUUACCACCAAUGGAAUCUCCUUCAGCUGCUUCAAAUGCUUACAACAACAACGGUGCUAUAAAUCAAAAUCAUAUGCAACAACAUAAUCGUCAGCAAUCACAAAAUGCUUCACCAGUUAAUCUUUGUUUUCCUCAAACAUCUGCAAACAUUGAUCAAGUUGUUGCGCAACCAGAAAUUUCACCACAUCAUCAGCAAACAUAUCAACAAAGACAAACACCCGUAGCACAACAACAACAAAUGUAUGGUGUGAAUGGAACAUCGCCAGAUGUUUCUGUCAAUAUGAAUGCUGAACAAAUGACAUCACCUUUAUCAGCAUCACCGGCAUUAGUGCCAACUGAAUUUGAACCACCACAAUCUGUUGUCAAUGGACGAACUUCAAAUGAACUUCAUCCGUACUCUCAAUUACAUUCAACGAAUUCACUAGAACAGCAACAGCAUUUAAGUGAACAAGAAGCUGGUCUUGGAUCGUUGGCACACACUGUCACAGCUCAUAAUGAUCAACCGUCCAAUGAAACAUAUACUAACAACAUCUUUUCCGGUUAUUCUUCAUCAGGAACACCAAAUCUUGUCUCAACAUCACCCUCAGUUCCAUCAUCGUCAACAUCUCUCUUGCCAUCACUCGCUCCACCUCACCAUCAUUCACAUUACACUUACACAUCACAUGCAGCUGCAGCUGCUGCAUCACAGUCACCUUACACAGCAAAUCCAUUUUCUGUUAGUAGUUUAACGUCAUCGUCAUAUCCAUCUGCAGCUGCGGCUGCAAUGAACAGUUACCAUCAGAAUUUAAUGAGUGGCUCUCAUUUGGCGUCGCCUUUUAUGGAGUCACCACACAUGCCUGUACCAGUCUCACCAUUAUAUCAUUCGUAUCAACAACAAGGAUACCCUGGCUAUGGUCCACCCCACCCAUCUGCCCUUCAUAUGUCAAACUAUCCUUAUUAUACUAAUACUGGCUACUCGCAAACACCCGGAACUAGUUAUCAUCAUUCAAUGUUUGAUCGAAUUAAUUUUUGAUAAGAAAACUUUUUUUAAUCAUAUUCGGUAGAAGAAAACAAAACUUUGAAAGUGAAUGUGACUUUGAUUUGAUGCAGUUUUUCAUCAACUUUUGAGGAAAUUUAUGUAAAAUCUGACUUUUGAGUUUAAUUUUAAUGUCUGUGAAUUCGCAGUGCUUGUAUAACUUGUAGAGCUCAAUUUGAAAAGUCUAAAAUGUCGAAAUUUUUAUCUUCUGAAAUCACGAAUCACAAAGUUGAGAAUUACUGUUUUAGAAAGUUCAUUCACUGACAAAAACAUGGAAACCAAACUUAAACCAAUGUAACAUGGCAAUAUAUAAUUGACGACUAACAUAUGAGUGAGUAAUGUUAGGAAACUUAGAAAAUUUCUCAACAAUGAUACUUUCUUACUUAAAUGUGUCCGAUAGUCUUUCAUUUUUUAAUCGCGUUAUAAGAAAUAAAAUAUUUUUGGUCAUCGAAGCAAUAAUAUUAAUAUUACUUAGAAAAAAAAAAGAAAGCAAAGAAAAGAAUAAGAAAAGAUAAAACUAUUACUUACAUAUAUGCCAUCUUCGAAUGACGUAAUGAAUGAAAUCAAUACAGGGUACUUGUCAUUAAUAAAACAAAAGAAUUUUUUUAGAGAAACAUUUUUGUGAAUAAUAAUCUCUAUGGUUUUGAUUUUAUAUAUUAAAAAGAACGAUAAAUAAAAAUAAAAACUUAAAUAUAUUAUAUACUUAAGUUAAGGGAAAAUUAAAAGUCUUCUGUGAGAGUGAUAAAAAAAUAAAAAUUUUAAUGAAUCUAGUGGAAAAGAACUUUAAAUGAUUUCUUUAAAGUAAGUUCUUUAAAAGUUUCUCUCUCUUUCUGCUUUUAAAAACAGAAUUAAUCUGACUUUAUCAAACUUAAUCGACUUAGUGAAUAAAUAAUCCACAUAUACGUAAUAAAACACAGGUUGCAUUGAAAGAAAUGAAAAAGCCACU